AUGUCAGAUAAAACCAAGCAGCUUGAAGAGCGCCUGAACCGUCUCGUAACCUCCUUGAGAGUAACAGGCAAUGUCUCUGGUCUCCCUAAACACCCUGAAGGAGAUCCGCCUAGACGUCCCAUCGUGAUACCGAACCACGAAACCACACUACCUGCCGGCCAUCCGGACUUCUUGACACAAUGCCGCUCAUCCCCUUGGCAGCCAUCUAGCAACGUAUUAGAUGCAGGUCCUGUCCAAGUACCUGAGAUAUACAACUGCUUCGUACCACCAACAUGCAUAUGUCGUGCUGAACCAGGUGAGGCCCCUGGCCCUCCCGACACAGACGACAACCUGCUGGGGAUUUACAGAGACGAGAUGGCGCCGCACUUCCCUUUUGUGAUCAUACCUGCAGGAGUGACAGCAAGCACGCUCAAUGCGACACGACCUUUCCUCAUGGCAUCUAUCCGUAUGGUCGCAUCUAUCAGGAGCCCAAGGUCGAUGCGCGGGCAGAUGUACCGUCUACUCAGCUACAUCGCUGACCAUAUGGUCCUGAGGUCUGAGAGAUCGAUGGAUCUUCUGCUGGGUCUGGUGGUCAUCCUUGGAUGGUUCCACCACCACUGUAUUGCGCAUGCUCAGUUCGAUAUGCUCGUCUCACAGGCCGCUUGUCUCCUCGGAGAGUUGGGUCUGAAGCGGGGCCCUAGCUUGACGGAGCGGACAAGGCUUAUCGUCAUGCGGCCUUGCGAGCUGAAGCAGCGGACGAAUGAGGAGAGGAGACUGCUGUUGGCUGUGUGGUACCUCAGCUCAUCUGUCUCCUUGGACGUCCAGCAAAUCGACCCCAUGAGGUUCUCGGCAUACAUGGAGCAAUGCUUGCGUGAACUUGACGAGACAAUGGAGUUCGAGUCAGACAUUCACGUCAUCUACAUUGUCAGAGUCCAGCGCUUAGCAGAGAGAAUAUCCCAGAUUCGGGCAAACGAAGACUGGGAUGGGGGCUUGGGACUUCCAAAGGCCCCGAUCUCAGCUUACGCAUCCAGCUUCCAGGCCGAGCUGGACAAGCUUGUAGACAACAUGCCUCCCAUUCUGGAAGAUAAAUGCAAGUCUUCCAAGUCACUACAUGCAGACUGUCACGCUAACUAA